AUGCCCAAAAGCGUCUUCAUCACCGGCGCCAAUGCAGGCAUCGGAUUCCAGAUUGUGCGAGCCCUCUACAGCUCCUCUAAAGAGUCCUACCAUAUCCUCCUAGGCUCCCGAUCCCUCUCGAACGCGCACAAGGCCAUCGAAAACAUCAAGACCGAAUUCCCUACAUCCACAAAUAACACCAUAACACCCAUCCAAAUCGACAUCGAAGACGACACCUCCAUCCAAUCCGCGCACGAUACAAUCUCGUCGCUCCUCACCGGUGGCAAACUAGACGUCCUCGUCAACAACGCCGGCGCACAGUUCGAGCACGACCUGAUAUCCGGCAAAAUCGGCUCGGAGCGCGAACUAUGGGACAAGACCUGGAGCGUCAAUACGACCAGCACGCAAGUUGUGACUAGCAAAUUCAUCCCGUUACUGCUACGCAGCGAUGAUCCGCGAUUACUUUUCGUUACAUCAGGGACAGCUUCGUUCGCGGGCACCGCGAAUCUUGCAUUGAAAGUAAAUCAGCCCCCGGAAACCAAGGGGUGGCCCAAACCCGGAUUCGUGGGGUUACCUGCGUAUCGAAGUGCAAAGACAGGGUUGAAUAUGUUGAUGCGUGAAUGGCAUCGGAUACUAAAGGGGGAUGGGGUGAAAGUCUUUGCGUUGUCGCCGGGUUUGCUGGCUACGGGGUUGGGAGGGGAUACGGAGCUUUUGAAGAAGUUUGGUGCGGAGGAUCCGACUGUUGCUGGGCCAUUUGUGAAGAGUGUGAUUGAGGGCGAGAGGGAUGCGGAUGUUGGGAAGGUGGUGUCGAGGGCUGGAGUUCAGGGGUGGUGA